AUGAUUCCUACAUGUCUUACGAGUCUUGAUCUCCUGGGGAUAGAUUAUACACAACCCAUCCAAAAUAAUGUUCCGAAAGAAUCAUCAUUUCCUGGUGGGGAUAGCCAAAUUGGGACAGUCGGAUGUGUGGCUGUAGAUGGUCAUGGAAAUUUAGCUGCAGCAACUUCUACUGGUGGGUUAGUGAACAAGAUGGUAGGAAGGAUUGGGGAUACCCCUAUCAUUGGUGCGGGGACAUAUGCCAACAGUUUGUGCGCUGUCUCUGCCACUGGCAAGGGUGAAGCGAUAAUACGCUCCACUGUUGCAAGGGAUGUGGCCUCUCUUAUGGAAUACAAAGGGCUUUCUCUAAAGGAUGCAGCGACUUAUGUUAUAGAAGAGUGUGCACCAAGAGGCACUGCUGGCUUGAUUGCUGUGUCUGCCACAGGAGAAGUAACCAUGCCGUUUAAUACGACAGGCAUGUUUAGAGCUUGUGCUACUGAAGAUGGGUAUUCUGAGAUUGGCAUUUGGCCAUCUGUGUGACUAUGUUUAAUGGGAGCUCAAUCUGCUUGAUUGUUUUUCAGUGUGCAAUUUAUAUUUGCAUGAAAGGAACAGAACUAGGCAGAAUGAGAGAAGAAAUGCUUAUGAGAGAUUCAAACCAGAAAUUGUAGAAAAAAUGUUUAUGGAGUGUGAUUAUGGAAGGCGAAUGGAGUAAAUUUGUUCUAUAAUUUUUUUUUUUCUCAUAGAUUACAAACUACAGCAUCGGAAGUUCAAAUCACAGAAAAAGAGACUCUGAAAAGGAAGAAAGAUUA